AUGUUAUGUGGUGCCGACGAUAUAACCACGUUACACACACUCAGGCAUGAAGUUGUUGAAGUACUCCGUCGUGGACAGUUUCCAAUAUCGAAAUGGCACUCAAAUCACCCAGACUUCAAGGAAGGUCAAGCAACAAAGGAGCUUCAUAUCAACGACGAUUUUGUGACCAGUGCGUUAGGAGUAACAUGGCAUCAACGAAGCGACGUAUUUUCGUUCGGCUUUAACCCGAAACAGCAAUACAAUUCGGUUACAAAGCGGACAAUAUUGUCUAUUGCCUCAUCGCUGUUUGAUCCACUUGGCUUGUUGUCACCAUUGAUAAUCACUGCCAAGAUUAUCCUCCAAGAGCUAUGGUUAUUGAAGCUCGAUUGGGACGAGUCUGCACCUCAGCACCUACAACAAGCUUGGACAAACUGCUUAGCAUCAUUAAACUCGAUUUCGUCACUCAUCGUGCCUCGUUAUUGCUUGCAACCAACCGUACGGAACAUACAAAUACACGGGUUUUGCGACGCAUCAAUUCGAGCAUACGGUUGCUCUGUAUACAUACGUACGGAAGACUUGGAUGGACAUAUUGAAAUUCAGUUAUUUACAUCAAGGUCAAGAGUCGCUCCAGUCAAAAGGCAGUCGCUUCCCAAACUUGAACUUUGUGGUGCGCACCUUCUUGCAUCUCUCUACGCAAAAAUAAAAGAUGUUUUUACUGAUCAACCUCUAAGCAGUUACUUUUGGACCGAUUCACAACUAGUACUGCAUUGGCUUCAACAGCAUUCAAUAACGCUUUCAACUUUUGUAGGGAACAGAGUAUCGGAUAUACAAGAAUUGACUGUAGGUGGACACUGGAGAUACGUACCAACGCGCGAGAAUCCUGCGGAUCUUGUAUCUCGAGGCUGCCCUACUGCAGAACUUAAACAAUCGAAUUGGUUUUCCGGUCCAGCUUUUUUGUUUCAAGAUCAGACUAAAUGGCCAAAUCAAAAACCACCAGUUGACCUCGACGGAGACGUCAUCAAUUCGGAAAAACGCAAAACGACACUUACCACAAUGAUGGAGACAAACUACAUUCUCAACAUCAUCAAUGGCAUUAGCUCGUACCCCCAUUGCUUACGUCUAGUCGCCUGGUUAUUCCGGUUUUUUGAUUCGUCCAGAAAGAAAUCAAGGUUCACUACCGCUUCACCAUCGCCUGACGAAUUGCGACGCGCUUCACCUUGCUUAAUAUGGAACGUUCAACAGCAUCACUUCUCUGUCGACUUUCAGUUACUAAAGAAAAAUCGAUCAUUAAAAAGUAAUUUAAAAUUUUUGACUCCAUUUAUAGACACUUCGACUGGAUACGAGCUUAUCAAGGUUGGUGGCCGUCUGGACUACACCGAAUUACCAGACAGCCAAAAACACCCAUUGCUGUUGCCCAGUAAUUCACAAUUUAUUUUGACGUAUGUACGCCAUUUACAUCUUCGCAAUUACCAUGCAGGCCCAAAAGCCUUAGUUGCCUUGAUCCGCCUUGAAUAUUGGAUUGUCAACGCCAGAGAUUUGGCCCGUCGCGUCGUUCGUUCGUGUGUGCAUUGCGUUCGAUACAAGCCCACCUUGCUGCAGCAAGUAAUGGGACCCCUACCAAGAGAGCGUGUCCAACCAACACGUCCAUUUGAACGCUGCGGAAUCGACUUUUGCGGACCAAUAAGCACUUACCUGCGAGUCCGAGGAAAGACACCUACCAAAUCAUACUUGGCGAUAUUUGUUUGUCUUGUCACUAAGGCGGUUCAUAUUGAGGUGGUCUCGGACUUGUCUACCAAGGCAUUCCUGAACGCUCUAAAACGUAUGGGUGGUCGGCGAAAGAUGCCGUGCCACAUUUUCUGCGACAACGCCACGAAUUUUGUAGGAGCAUCCAACCAUUUGCAAGAGGUCAAACAAUUUUUGUUCAAGCACGAAACCCAGAACGAAAUUAACAAAUAUUGCUCUUCCGAUUUUAUUAAUUUCCAUUUUAUCCCACCUAGGGCACCCCAUUUUGGGGGCCUCUGGGAAGCAGCAGUUAAAAGCGCAAAGGGACUGCUCUAUCGCACAUUGGCUAAUACAAGAUUAACAUAUGAAGAACUGAGCACUGUAGCUGUGGAAAUAGAGGCCAUACUAAACUCGCGUCCGCUCUCACCGCUAUCAUCAGAUCCCAAUGACUUUGAAGCACUCACUGCUGGACAUUUUUUGGUCGGGUCAUCGCUACGUGCCCUACCCGAAAGCUCACUCGAAGAGAGAAAUAUCUCGAAUUUGGAUCGAUACGAUAUGAUUACGGCCAUCAAGCAGCGCUUUUGGCGCCGCUGGUCUUCAGACUAUGUCAAUGAACUACGCUCACGAGUCAAGUGGACGACACCUACACCCAAUCUUGCAGAAGGUACGCUAGUGAUCAUCCACGACGAUAACCUCCCACCACAACGCUGGAAGCUUGGUCGCGUUGAGUCAACCGUACGUGGACGAGAUGGUCAUGUUCGAGUUGUGCGCCUCCGCACUACUAAUGGGAGCUGUUGCCGGCCUGUUCACAAACUUGCCAUCCUGCCAGUGUCUUGAAAGUGCAUCCUUUCAACGGGGCCGGGAUGUUGGAUCACCCUUUAUGCUUAAAUAAUUUACACCUAAUUAACACUCAAUAUGUACAAAUAAACAUCCACUCAUUGUAAAUUUGCAUACGUACACACACACACACACAUAGUCAAUAUUACUUAUUAUUGCUCUCUAAUUCUCUUUUGGUCUGAUAAAUCUUUC